CUUCCUUGUUUUGAUGUUAAAGUCAACAGAGUGAGCUGAACGGAGAUACUUAUGUUGCACUAUUAUAAAAGUUUUAUUUAUUUUUUGCUUCAUGAAGGAAGGAGCUAUUUUGUAUUUGACGCCGCGGUGGCUAAUAAUUCAUUUCGCGUGUCAGGUAACCUUCAAUACGGCUUACUACACUUGGGAAAUGUUAUAAAGAAUGAAAUCUCCAUGGACCCUGCUCUUUCUCGGCCUGCUGCUGUGCGCUCCUUCGGCUUGGGCUGUUUCGAAGCCUAAUUUCGUCCUAAUGAUGGUGGAUGAUCUGGGAAUAGGAGACCUUGGAUGCUAUGGAAACACAACUCUGAAGACUCCUCACAUUGACAGGCUGGCGGAGGAUGGAGUGAAGCUGACCCAGCACAUCGCCGCCUCUCCUCUGUGUACACCCAGCAGAGCUGCUUUCCUCACCGGCAGAUACCCCAUACGAUCGGGAAUGGCCAGUCACGGUCGUGUUGGGGUGUAUAUAAUCUCUGCUGUAUCUGGUGGCCUUCCUAAGGAGGAGAUUACAUUUGCCAAGAUCCUGAAAGAGCAAGGCUAUGCAACAGCUCUGAUUGGAAAAUGGCACUUGGGCCUGAAUUGUGAGCACAACACCGAUCACUGCCACCAUCCCAGUGUUCAUGGCUUUGAGCACUUCUACGGCAUCCCCAUGACCAACCUGCGCGACUGUCAGCCAGGUCACAGCUCCGUUUUCUACAACGUCCGUAGCCACAUUCCCUACACAGAGCUGGGCGGUGCACUCGCCACAUUGCUCCUUCUCCACACCAAAGGACUGGUUCUCAUAUCCCGCAGGCUCGUUCUGUGCCUUGGGGUGACACUGUUUACAGCCAUAGCUUUGUUUUUCCUGUGGGUGCUCACAUUCCCAUACUUCAACUGCUUCUUAAUGAGGGGAGGCGAAGUAGUGGAGCAGCCGUACGUGUCCGAGACCCUCACGCAGAGAAUGACCAAAGAGGCCAUCGAGUUCCUGGAGAGGAAUUCUGAACAACCGUUCCUGCUCUUCUUCUCCUUCGUCCAAGUUCACACAGCUCUGUUCGCUUCUCCUUCCUUCCGUGGUAAAAGCCAGCACGGCCUGUACGGAGAUGCGGUCAUGGAGGUAGACUGGAGCGUAGGUCAGAUAAUGAAAACUCUGGAGCGGCUAAAGCUGAAGGAUAAGACGCUGGUUUAUUUGACCUCAGAUCAAGGCCCUCACUUAGAGGAGAUAUCCGUGCAUGGCGAGGUGCACAGAGGUUACAACGGUAUAUAUAAAGGAGGGAAAUCAACCAAUUGGGAAGGAGGGAUUCGGGUGCCGGGGAUCCUUCAUUGGCCGGGAAAACUACCUGGUGGAAAGGUUAUCGAUGAAGUCACAAGUAACAUGGACCUCUUCCCCAGCAUGGUGAAAUUAGCUGGCGCUAACAUACCCAGUGAUAGGCAGAUAGAUGGACAUGACCUCAUGCCAUUGCUGCAGGGACGAGUGCAGCGUUCAGAACAUGAAUUUCUGUUCCAUUACUGCAAUGCCUUUCUGAAUGCUGUGAGGUGGCACCCCGCUAACAGUACCUCGAUAUGGAAAGCCUUUUUCUUCACACCUAAUUUCUACCCUGAAAACUCUACCACCUGUUUCCACACGCACACAUGCUUCUGCACAGAGGCUUAUGUGACCCGUCAUGACCCUCCACUGCUCUACGAUUUGUCAAGAGACCCGUCUGAAACGAACCCGCUCACCCCGGAUACAGAGCCUGAGUUCAGCUCCGUGCUGGAGGUGAUCCUAGAGGCAGAGAGGGUGCACACGCAGGGUGUUAAAGCCACCGAGGACCAGCUCUCAGUCACACACAUGCUCUGGAAGCCCUGGCUCCAGCCGUGUUGCUCCUCCCUCCACCAGCUGUGCGAGUGCCAACGAGACUUAACAAGUGGGAUUAUGGGAAAUGCAGCAGCAGGGCAGGGGCAGCAAAAGAAAUGAGUCAGGUGUAGGUGUGUAACAAUGCCUAGAUCGCAUUUUGGUGCUGUUUUGCCUUUUGUAGUGUGGACACAAGGGUGCAAUGUCCAGAGCAGAGUAUUUACACAUUAACAAUAAAUCUUUUUACAAAUUCUUAUUUCAUAAUUUAUUAAUAUGACCAUUUCUGGGGUUUAAAGCCAAAGCCUAGUCUCAGUCACAUACCCCAUGACCCUUACCUGGCAAGCUUUCUAAAAUGAUGUAUCCAUUUAGAAUACAUAUUUGCCCAUUCCGAAUGAUCAAUUCAUAUUUUAUCACGUCCCUAAAUGGCGGACAGGAUGUACUGUUUGGGAGUUUUUUUUUCCACAAAGGUCUGCUCUAAUUGGUGUGGACAGAUCUUCACCCUAUAACUCGUGGGCUGAAAAUGAGUCCCACUCCAGCCCUCCACGGUUGUCAUGUGAAGAAGAAAAGGAUGGCUGUGUAUAUACCCGAUAUUGGAAAAGCACGACUUGAUUAAAUGUAAGCUGUACUGUGACCAGUAUUCCCAUUCCUAGAGCACUGAUAAUCCUAGAACCCUGAGUCUUGCACCCACUGUACACUUUGUGAAAUCCUGACAAAAUGACAAUAACUGAAGAAAAAUGAUGUGUGAAACUCUUUACCUCCUGCAGUGUGGAGGUUUUGCCUAAUAAAAAAGUAAACCUACCUUGUAAUGCAACACUAAAUAUCACAUGGCCAAGAUAUAAUCCAUAACCCCAUUGGAUGGACUUUAUAGAAGACCCUGAGAGCAUAUGCUAAAACUAAACCUUGGCAUGUUGGCAAGUGUUGGAACUUGCAUUCCAGCCUUUUCUGCUGAUCUACUGCACUGCUUCAGUCUCAGCAGAUGAAAGAAAAGGAAUCUUGCUCUCCUUUUUAGCUGAUUUAUCAAAGGCAUGUGGAAGCUUCCUUGAUUUCUUUGAGGUGUACACAGGUGAAAAGAAGAUGCAAGCUUUUCCAUCACAGUAUGCCCAAACCUGGGGCUUUUCACAAUAUGGUGAAGCGACUUGACAAAGUUGAGAAAUGUUGAACUUAAUUCAAAUAUGGAGCGAUUUGGUGCAGCAACUACCACCAGGAGUGUAGACAGUGAAGCACAUGUAUAAUAUGAUGGAUCUAUACACUGAUUUUUUUACACCAACUCAGGAUCUUCCUCCAGAAUGUUUCAUUUUAGCAGCAAGAAAACUGAUUUGUUGUGAAGUGAAACAGACAAACAUUAUUCCUAUGGCAACCAUUAGUAUGAACGCCUACUGGUGACUCCAUUUUACCAUGACUGGAGAGUCGCAGCGAUAAAAUCUCUGUAUGUGUGAAUGUAAUUUUACUAAUUUUAAGAGAUAGAUAAUGGAAGAUAUACAGUAAGUAUGCUAUAACAUUUGUGUAAAAUGAGUACCGUAUCAUUUAAACCCUUUGAUGGGCAUCUACAGGUUGAACAAUCAUGCCAUAUGUAAGACAUUAGACAUUAUUCACUCUUGAUAGUGCAUAUGAUUAGAAACAUCUCAGGUGUGAAAGAAACGAUUGGAAAGGAUGAGACGAUUCUCUCUGAUCUAGAACCACAAUCCGUGGUUAUGACAGGGAGUUGGUUUGAAUCCCAGACGGAGUACUUUCAUUUAUCUCUUUAGCAUGCUUAUUGAGAAUUAUCUUGAGCAUGAGGUAAGACACUGGAGAGGCUGGCUUACUCAAUUACGACCGUAUGCUUGGGAAAGUGGUAAUAGUUUGGCAGUUUGAAGCUAGGGUGCACCUGGCAAUGGAGUAGAUGGUUUAUUUAAAGAGUAGAGUUGCUGAUGCCAACGUCGCUAUACAGCCAUGUUUUUCCUCACUACCUUGAGCCAGCUGGUCCAGUUCCAUUUGAAGACAGAAACGCAUCCCGUUCUCAACGCCUUUCAUUUCUCUCUGCCUUGAACUUCAUUAAGCAGUUUUUUUGAUAACUGUUAGGGAAAAAAUGCUACUUCCAGUCAACAGUUAAUGAGAUUGAUGAAGGUUUUGUUGUUCGUAUUCACGGCGGAACGACUAAGAUUUACUUUCCUCCAAAUGACUUAACGCGCCAUGCGGCAAAUAAUUAAAUUAGACUCUGUUUUUGUAAACACUUUGCUUUAUUAAUUAACAAUUAAGUGCCGAUUGUGGUGCCGCCAGUUUGAUUGAACCCUUUUGUGUUACCUGCUGCUUGAAAUGGGGCAUCAAAGUGAUUAACCCGAGUAAAUGUUGUGUGGGAAAAAAUUGAACACUCUACUUCUCUUGCAGUGUGAAAUAUGUUUGUUGUUUUGUUAUUUGUUUUCUUCUUUAUUAGUUCGAAACAAUAUGAAAUUAACUUCCAAAAGGGAAACACAGACCAUUAUUUGCAUUGUAGUAAUACUCUGUAAGUAAUUUGCAAUUCAAGUUACAGUUCAACAAUUUGACCACACCGUAACGAUUAGAUGCAGAAUAUCUUUGGAUUGUUGGCAAGUUUGAAAGUAAUAAACCCAGCUUUUUAUCUA